GAGCAUGGCCUCACUACUGCCACUUAGCCCCAGAAUGCCCGUAACCCCAGGGCUUAACUAUUUUGAGAUGCCAACAACAAAGAUGGAUCAAACAGAAUCAUUGCCAACAAUGAAAUUACCACGAAUCCAGCCAACAGUACCUCCCUCCCUUACUGCACCUAAGCAAAACCCUGAUCCUCAAGUUAACACAUCUGCUUCAGUCAAGGAGGCCCUGGAUAACCCAAGAAGUCACAAGAAGUCCAAGAUAUCCAUUCAGUUAGGGAAUCCAAUAGCCAAACCAGAGCUGGUUACAAAUGUACCGUUUACUCCCACCAGCCCCCAACCUACUUCCAGAUCACUCCAGGGAGCUUUGUUGCACUUCCCUCAAACUGCUGCAACCUCUGACACAAAAGCAAUAGAAGUGACUCUUAAAAAAGAAGCUGUAACUAUGGAUUUGGGAAAUGAAAGAACGUCUGCCUCAGUGUCAUCUUGUCUCAGAGAUGCCAGUUCUGCUUCUUCUCCAAUGGUGAUGAACAAAACACCUGAUAUUCAGUCUGGAGACUGCUCCAUUGUAAAAAAACAAAAGAAAAAGAAGCCAAAAAGAAACACACAAAAAAAAAGCCCUGUUCCAAUACCCAUCAUGGACCAGACCACUAUCUGCAACAGGACUGUUUCAGACAAGGUCUCAGCACAGCAGGCCACAACAGACAAUUUAUUAAAACAAAAAGAAGAUUUUAAAGUAGAUUUGGCAUCAACCUACAAAAAAAGCUUUGAUGCACAUGGUUUGGAUCCAGAACAUUGUAUGGCAAAUGGCAGAACUGAAAAUGAUGUGAGGUACACCAAUGAAAGACCAGUGUCUGAAAAAGAUAGCAGUAUUACGGGGGGACAUGUGGUACCAAGCCCUGUAGUAAGUGUAGAGGAAAAGUGUGUGUACAUAUCUAAGGUGGAAGUUAGUCCAUUGUGUACAACAGGGUUUUCUAUUCCUCAUUCUCCGUCCACUAUACAACCUAAAGUUCAGAUUGAAGGAACAGUGGCAAGUAUGAUUAAAUUACACUCAAGCUGCCCACAAUAUUCCAAGAUUCCUGGCUUGCCGUCUGUUCAUCCGUCUCAAGUUAUUACUUGGCCUGCUGAUUGCAGGUCAUUGUUUAAGGAGUUACCCAUAAACAGACUUCCUUCACCCCUGUCUUCAGAUUAUGUUAGUUCCUUUUAUGGGGGUAGUGCAGGGAUUGCAAGUAUGGUGGACUUAGCUCCGACCUGCCCCAGGUCUGCAAGUAUUCCUGGAUUCCCAUCUGCUUUAAAACGUGAGCCAAAUAUGACUUGCCUUUUACCUAUAUGUCCCAGAGUGUGCAGCAUUCCAGGUUUAGCUGCUGCUGGAUCAGCGACUAGAUAUGAAGAUAUGGUUUGGGACAGAUGUUCUCUAUGGAAGAAACCAUUGCAGAUAAAAGAAGCAUUUAUUUCGCAAAUGUCAUGUGUUCAGGAAAAAUCUGUGGGUGAUACUAAAGCCAUGGUGGCUAUGUUGCCAACAUGUUGUACUAGGGCCAGUGUUCCAGGGUUUCCAUCUGCACGCCUGCAAAAUGUUUCAAAUACUCCAAGUAUGGCCAGUCUACUCCCAACAUGCCCCAAGCAGUCAAUGAUUGUAGGUAUGCCAAGUAAUCACAGAUCUAUGGUAUAUAAUGAUACAUGGCAUAUUUUGAGGGAAUGUAUCUUAGACAGACCAUUGAGAGGUUAUACUGUUCUGGUUCAGGGAAAGUCAUAUGAGGAUAAAGAACAUUUUAAUCAUAUGGUAGAUAUGUUGCCCUCAUGCCCAUCGAGAACUUGCCUUGUAGGUAUGCCCACAGCACCCAAGAAGUGUUUACCAAGUAUUGUUAACCUUGCACCUAUAUGCCCUAAACAGACACAAACUGUUGGCAUGCCAUCUAAAGAUCAAAACAAUUCUGAGAACAAAGAUUGGCGUGCCAUGAAACGAUUCAUUAACAGAAAACCAGAGAAAAUAACACCAACCUACAUUGAGCAGUGGAUACCAAAAGAAAUUCCUAAAGAUAUGGUAGCUAUGUUGAGAAGCUGCCCACAAAAAGCCAACGUUGUUGGCUUACCCUCUGCUCCACGACAAAAACCCAGUAUGGUUAACGUAAUGCCUUCAUGUCCCAUACAAAGUAGGGUCCCUGGUUGGCCUUCAAAAACUGGACAAAAACUUGGUUUGUCCACUUGCAAUGAAUGGUUUGCGGAUAAAGGUUUACAGUGCGAGAAUCCAUUAAUCAAAAAGGAAGUGCACAUUCUGAAUUCAGUUUUGUGUUUUGAUAAGAACACUACUCAAAGUAUGAGUGCAAUGUUACCCUCUUGCCCUGAGAAUGCUAGGGUCCUUGGGUUUCCCUCUGCUCUGACAUUAGCAGAUGGUACAACUAUGGUGAAUAUAUUCCCUAGUUGUGCAAAGCAAUCUAGAAUUUCUGGAAUGCCAAGCAGAGACACCGGCAAAAAAUUAGGGUGGCCAAUGGAAAGUAAGCCACUGCUACUCCCUAGGAAAUUAUCUGCAGCAAUGUUAGAUUUACAGGAUGUUAAUAUGUUCUAUUCUGAUAGACAUACACUCAUAAAUAUGGUAUCAAUAUUGCCCUCCUGCCCACAGACAGCCUGUUUAGCAGGUUUUCCAUCAGUGCCAUGUCAAGUGUUGGCAGAUAUACCAAAUAUGAUAACUCUGCUACCUACUUAUCCAAAACAUUCUAGGGUUCGUGGAAUACCCUCUCUACUCUACAGUGAGGCAGAAUGGAGUGUAGACAAAAGCCCAAUUUGGGAAAAACCAUUAAGGAAGCCAGGUAGACUGUCAGUAAUAAAUGACCAUAAAAUGCAUUUCAAAGAAAAGGCGUUGUUAAGAAUUAUGGUAUCAAUGUUGCCACCCUGUCCGAAACAUUCAUGUAUACCUGGGAUUCCCUCAAAGGCUUUAAAGAGACCAGGGAAAGUUGUGAGGAAAGAAGCUCCCAGUAUGUUAAAAUCCUUGACCACUUUUCCAAAACACAGUAACAUUUCAGGUCUACCUGCAAAGAAUAUUGCAAAGGACUCUGAUGGCUGGUAUAUGGAUAAGGAUGUAGUUUGGGAAAACACAUUCAAUAGAAGGCAUGGAGUUGUCCAGCAAGAUUUACCUGUCAAAGAAAUGUCAUAUAGGGACACAUCAAUAAUGCUGAGUAUGCUUCCAUCAUGUCCACGACAAGCCCUGCACCCUGGGUUUCCAUCUGCUCCAAGACCCAAAGCUGUUGAUGACAUUGUGGAAAAACAUCCAGAAAUGUUACAGUUGCUGUCAUGUUGCCCACAACACUCACGUAUCAUUGGUUUCGCCUCAAGAGUUUCAAUUAUUUCUGAUUCUAAAGUAGUGGGAUGGCCAGUGGUGACAAUUAAGACGCCAGGGGAUCUUUACACCACAGAUAGUUCUAACAAAGAUAUAAUAAUGGCAAGCAUUCCUCUUAAACGUCCUCUUACAAAAAUGUUUCUCAGUUCUGGCCUCACAGCAGUUCCACCACCUGGUGUAAACCGGCUACCAAAUAUGAUAAAUAUUGUGCCAUCUUGCCCAAAGAAAGCUUCUGUUCUCGGGGUACCAUCAACACAUGUGCAUCAUUCAGAACAGGGUUGGCCAGGAACUAAGAUAAGUGUAAAGCAGAGGACAAACCUCAUGGCUUGUAAGCUUUCACUGAAAGAACAGCAAAGAAUGGAGAUUGAGUCAUCAACCUGUCCUAUCAAGGCCAUUGUUGAGGAUUUACCAGCAUCAAAUUCAGAAAUUCAAGUGCACCAGCAAUCCUUCAUAGUUAAUGGGAGUAACAUAUUGUGGGAUGAUGCCAGUCCAACUAGAUUAGAUCUUGACACAAAGAAAACAAAAUCUGAUGUUUGCUCAACUUUGGAGGGACAUAAAGAUGAACGGGGCUUUUGGAUACCGAUUGAGGAAGAAGAAGAAAUAGCUGUUCUAGAAAAAGGAAAUGUGCAUUGCAGAAUGUGGCACUCCACUCCUGACAUGCCACUUAUCUUGAGUGUUAGGAAGAGAUAUGGACACUUGGGUUCACUACAGCCAUCAUGCCCAAUUGUUGCUGGGGCAGAAGAACCCCCAUCCCAAACCAAAAUAAAUAAUGCUGAACAGCAGUUACAAAGACAUCCAACAAACACGACUAUACUGUGGGAAGAGCUACCAAAGUCGACUACAAUAAAAUGCUCUACAGACAAGAUCAUAUUAUGGGAGGAGCUACCAAAGGCGACUACAGAUGUUUCUAGAAAAGCAUCAGAGACUGAAAUGAAAAUGAUAAAAGAAAUGGUCAGUGUCUCUUCAAUGAUGUUAUACACUGGUAAUGAAUUGAAGACACGUACAGAACCUGGGAUUGCAGAUCAAUUACCAAUUUGCCCAACAGCGAGCGGCAUAUUUGAAUCCACAGCAACUGCUAAACAAACAGAUCAAACCCAGCUGGACAGAGAGUCUACUUUCGAGACGCCAUCAAAGGAUAAGGCAAUGGGAGAAAGAAAGUUUGCCUGCCCACCCACACAAUGUGUGCCAUCUUCCGUGAAGACUGAAACUGAAUACAAACAGUCCACUUUCUCCGAAGUCUGUCCCAGUCUCACAAUAAUUGCUGGCAUGCCGUCUAAAUUGCCUGUAAAAGAGAAACACUGGCUCCUCGAUCCAAAGCCAAUCUGGGAGAAACAAUCAAAAAUAAAUGUAAUAUUCAUGCCAUAUGCAUCAAAGGAUGAUACAAAGGACACAAAGGAAAUGGUCUUAAUGCUACCCUCUUGUCCCAGAGAGGCCAAACAUCCAGGGUUCCCAUCUGCACCACAAAACAGUUCAAAUAUGGCGGAUAGUUACCCUGGUAGUUCAAGUGUGUCCAGUAAAGCUGGUUUACCAUCUAUCAGUAACAGAUCAUUGGUAUCUCAACAGGAACCACUUCUGCAAAAGAAAACUGACCUUGUUUUCGUACCAGCGUCAAUAAAAGAAGAGAACAUUGAACUAAUGGGAGCUUUGUUACCAACCUGCCCAAAAUAUUCUUGCAUACCAGUCAUCCCUUCAAUUCCACAACAUACGAUAGCACAUUGCGGAUCAGAUAUGAUGAGCCUUUUCAGCUCUUGCCCAAAACUUCUCGUAUUGAAGGUGUUCCAUCAUUAAAAGAACAUUUGAGCAAAAGCUGGUCUACAGAUCAC